CUUUAAAUACCCAUUCAGUCGUUCUUCAUUUCCUCCAAUUCAAUAUUUACUGAUAAAGAGAGACUUGGUGGUCCAAAAAAUGGAGACCUAUGGCUCCUCUUUCUCUAAUGUCAAAUCCUACCUCCGAGCCCUUUCCGAUACUCCACACAGAUUAGCUCGCCGGGCUUGUUCUGUCUCGACUUCUUUCGAAGAAACAAGUCGACUCAGAGCUCGGUCUGGUGGAGAUAUGAAACGGAGUCUCCGGUGGUAUGACCUCGUCGGAUUUGGCGUCGGCGGUAUGGUUGGUGCCGGAGUAUUUGUUACUUCCGGUCGUGCUAGCCGUAUGUGUGCUGGACCUGCUGUUGUUCUCUCUUACGCCAUUGCUGGAUUCUGUGCUCUGUUAUCUGCUUUUUGCUACACUGAGUUCGCCGUCGAUAUGCCGGUUGCUGGCGGUGCCUUUAGCUAUAUCCGUAUCACUUUUGGUGAAUUUCUAGCGUUUUUGACCGGUGCGAAUCUGAUCAUCGAUUACGUAUUAUCAAAUGCCGCUGUAGCGAGGAGUUUCACCGGUUAUUUAUGUACAGCCCUCGGUAUAUCCACUGAAAGCAGAUUGAGAAUCACCGUCAAUGGAUUACCGAAAGGAUUCAACGAAAUCGAUAUUGUUGCUGUUUUAGUAGUUUUAGCUCUCACCGUAAUCAUCUGCUACAGUACAAGAGAGAGUUCGAUGUUGAAUAUGGUGUUAACAGUGCUACAUCUAGUGUUCAUAGUAUUCGUGAUAGUAAUUGGAUUUACCAGAGGAGAUACGAAGAAUUUCAGAGAAGCAGGGGAUGAGAAUCAUGCGAGUGGAUUCUUCCCAUUCGGUGCUUCAGGAGUGUUCAAUGGAGCAGCAAUGGUUUAUCUGAGUUACAUAGGGUACGACGCCGUUUCAACCAUGGCUGAAGAGGUUAGAAAUCCUGUUAAGGAUAUACCUGCUGGUGUCUCGGGUUCCGUUAUACUCGUGACAGUUCUUUACUGCCUCAUGGCUGCUUCAAUGUCCAUGCUCCUUCCUUAUGAUAUGAUUGAUACAGAUGCGCCAUUUUCGGGGGCAUUUAUGGGAUCAGACGGGUGGAGAUGGGUAUCAAAUGUGAUAGGAGUUGGGGCUAGUUUCGGUAUUUUAACAUCUUUAUUAGUAGCUAUGUUGGGCCAAGCUCGAUACAUGUGCGUGAUCGGACGGUCCAGCGUUGUUCCCGCUUGGUUUGCUAGGGUCCAUCCUAAAACAUCAACGCCUGUGAAUGCUUCCGUUUUUCUCGGAAUUUGUACAGCAGCAAUUGCACUUUUCACUGAUUUACAAAUACUACUCAACCUUGUAUCAAUCGGUACACUGUUUGUAUUUUACAUGGUAGCAAAUGCUGUUAUUUACAAGCGUUAUGUUUCGAUUGGCGUAACAAAUCCAUGGCCUACACUAUCUUUCCUUUUUUGCUUCUCAUUGACAUCCAUUUUAUUCACUCUGUUAUGGCAAUUUGCCCCACCAGGCAAGCCAAAAGCCUUAAUGCUUGGUGCUUGUACUGCUAUUGCCAUUGCUGUAUUACAACUCUUCCAUUAUAUGGUACCACAAGCGCAAAAACCCGAGUUUUGGGGUGUCCCUUUAAUGCCAUGGAUUCCUUCCAUGUCCAUAUUCCUCAAUAUAUUCUUGUUAGGUUCACUUGAUAGACCAUCCUACAUCCGAUUCGGAUUCUUCUCAGCUCUCGCUGUUCUGGUUUAUGUUCUCUACAGUGUUCAUGCUAGUUUUGAUGCUGAGGAAGAUGGGACACUUAGUCAAAAGAGAAUUGAACUAGUGAAGGAAUCUAUUGAAGUCCAGGACCAUACUUUCAAAGUGUAAAAAUGUUCUCUUUUUAAGCUGACUUUUUCUUUUAGUAUAACUUCUUCUUUUUGGGGGGUGGAGGAGUAAUUUAUGGAUAUUUAACA